CCCUGACGGCAUUUUGUUCGGUCUUCACCACAGGGUUCUGGUGUAUUCUCAAGCACCGUUUCUGGGUUUCCGUUCCACAGCACCACAGGCUGAUGAAGGGACACUUUCCAAACCACAGGGCUCUCCCUUUGUCAGUGUCCUGCACUCUUUCAUCACCUGCACUAGCCUCUCAUUUCAGUCUCUAGCCAAUCUAAUUUCAAAUGUCUUCAGUUUUCUAAAAUUCUGUAGAUUUUUCUCCACUGUGCUCUUCUAGCCUUAUUUUCAAUUUUUUAAAAAUACAUAUUACUCUUGUUAUCGCCACACAAACUAGUCAUUUUCUUUUUUUUUUUCUUUUUUAGCCUCUACUCUGCCUGAAUAUUUGCUAAUAGCCUUGAUCUUAAGCACUCAAACUCAUUACAGACAAGGUAACAGUAUGACUAAAUACACAGAGAAGCUAGAAGAGAUAAAAAAAAAUUAUAGAUACAAAAAGGAUGAGCUUUUCAAGAGACUAAAAGUUACAACUUUUGCCCAGCUGGUCAUCCAAGUUGCUUCCCUAUCUGAUCAGACACUGGAAGUGACAACUGAAGAGAUUCUAAGGCUGGAAGACCAUGAGUCCUCGACGACUUCAGAGCCCGAUGACAGGGAAAUCGGUGCCAGGACCAACGGGAAGGGGAGCCCAGGGGAGCCGUCGCCAAGCCCCAUGCAGGUCCUAAGCAGCACGGGAGCAGGGGACUCCAACCGCUCGACUCUGCAGAGCGUUAUCAGUGGUGUUGGGGAACUGGAUCUAGACAAAGGGCUAGUGAAGAAAGCAGAGCCCACCACCAAAGACAAACCUUACCCCGACUGCCCCUUCCUGCUACUAGAUGUGCGAGACAGAGAUUCUUACCAGCAGUGCCACAUUAUUGGAGCUUACAGUUACCCAAUUGCAACUCUGUCUAGAACAAUGAACCCUUAUUCAAAUGACAUUCUUGAAUAUAAAAAUGCCCACGGCAAGGUCAUCAUUCUGUACGACGAUGACGAGAGGCUGGCCAGCCAGGCAGCCACCACCAUGUGCGAGCGGGGCUUUGAGAACCUCUUCAUGCUUUCCGGAGGUCUAAAAGUCUUAGCUCAGAAAUUCCCAGAAGGACUGAUUACGGGUUCCCUGCCAGCGUCUUGCCAGCAGGCCCUUCCUCCUGGCUCUGCCCGGAAACGAUCGAGCCCCAAAGUGCCACCCCUACCAGCUGAGAAUAAAUGGAGAUUUACCCCAGAAGACUUAAAAAAGAUAGAAUAUUACCUGGAAGAGGAGCAGGGUCCUGCAGACAAUCCUAGCCGCCUGAGCCAAGCUAACGCCUCCGGAAGAGACUCCAAGGUUCCAGGCACCCGCAGCGGUCAGAGCCUGCCUGCCGGGGUCCCCACCGGCCCCCCGAACCCCCGCUCGCUCAACAGCAGCCACCUGCAAGGCAAGCCCUGGAAGUAAAGACUUUGUCUGUCUUAGUCAAAUAAAUACUUUUUCUCCUUUUGGAACCCCUGGGCAGUUCCCAAGUUGGUCAUUUUCAGAAACUGCUGCACAGGAAAGACCCCCACAUGUGACAGGCCCUCUUCCCUCUGCCCCGGGGCCAGCACUUGCCUGCAUCCAGCUCGGAAGGAGUUUUACAAAAACCAGAGGCAUGACAGGCUCUAGCGUCCUCCCUGUUGUUUACAGAAUAUUUAAGUUUCUGAAACUGAGCAGGAAAAAAAAAAGUCUAAUGUUUUAGGCCCUUUAAAAAAAAAAAAAAAAAAAAGGCCCAGCUUGUAUUGGGUCCUAUCCUGCAUUGUUUUGUAAAUUCUUCAGUCCCAUCUGGUAUGUUCUUCCCAGGCAGUUCUUUUCCACUCAGUGAUCUUGGUUUCAUGAAGAUUCUCCAGAUGGACUUUGCAGCAGCCAUCUCGGGC